AAUUCAUACCUAAAUAUUCAGGGCCCUACAGUGUUUCGAUGUAUGAAGUUCAUGUAUUACAGCCAGGAUAUUCUUCUGUCAACUCUAAUGGAUCAAUGUGUGCUAAUGGGACAAGUACACUUAUCAUUGGACCUGCCAAAAAAGUAAUUGUUGACACACUAUCACCAUGGGACAGAGAUGCAAUGAUAAACUGUCUUCAGCGUUAUAAUCUAAAGCCUUGCGAAAUUACUCAUGUUGUUUGCACCCAUGGACACCCAGACCAUACAGGAAAUAAUAAUUUGUUCACUGAUGCAAAAUUACAUAUAGUUGGAAACUCUAUCUAUCACAAAGACAUUUAUUAUGAACAUCACUUUGCUAAUGGUACCCCAUAUGAAAUAGACGGCAGGAAGCUAUAUGUUCACCCCACUCCCGGGCACACCCUAGAUAGCACAAGUGUUGUGGUAAACACGAGGAAAGGUCGUGUUUGUAUAGCAGGUGAUCUGUUUGAGAAAGAAGAAGAUAUCAAAGACUCUGGUAUUUGGAAGGAGGCUGGAUCUGAAGAUGAAGCACAACAAAUCAAGAACCGUUCCUUGAUGUUGCUCUUAUCAGAUUUCGUUGUUCCAGGCCAUGGUCCAAUGUUCAAGGUGACUAAUGAAAUGAAGAUAGAAGCACAGACAUCUUUAAAAGAAGUGCCAGAUCUUGAAAACAAGUUUGGACUUUAUCUUCCAAAGACACCAAGGUCUUAAAUGUCAUCAUUUGGAUAAAUCAGACAUUCAGACAGUACAAGUUAAUGUUUUUGUUUCAAGAAAUUGGAGUUGACGAAAUGGUUUGAUUGAAUAGUUUAUUAAAAUUAUAUUGCAAUCACUCAUUUGCAAUUAGUGACAGCUUUCUAUCACACUACUGUUUUUAUUUUCCAUUGUUUAUUUUGUUUGUUUGUUGUGCAAUUGAAUGCCUUUGACAUUGACGAAUUUGGGCAGUACCCUCACCCACAUUUUUCAUCACUACUAUGAGUCCAAAUUCUAAGCCCAAGUUUUUAGUGCUUUAUUGUAUUGUGUUUAAAAUUUAAUCACCUAAAUUUUGCAAAUGUAAGGUAUUAUUCACAGGAUCGUGUUUUGAAUCGUAAAUUUUUAUUACUUGCUCCCUUAUUUAAGUAUUUAAUUUAGUUUUUGUUUAAAAAGUGAUCAUUAUAUACAUAGUUAAUUUGUUUGUAAUAUUAUAUUUUAAGACAGUGAAAAUGAUUUCUAUUUAUUAUUGAACAAGAACAGUA